AUGCAUCUCCACAACACAGACAACAGCUCCGAGCCAGAGCAGGGCCAGACUCCCUCCACUGUCUAUGGCUCCCUAUGGUCCCUGGAGAAGAGGCUCCUUUCCCUCAUGAAGCUCAAGUCCAAGAGCUGUAUUAUAAAGCGAUACUGUGAGAAAAGAUUUGUGUCGAAAUACCUGGCAACCAUUGGAAUUGACUAUGGAGUCACAAAGGUACAAGUCAGAGACAGAGAGAUCAAAGUUAACAUCUUUGAUAUGGCCGGACACCCCUUCUUCUAUGAGGUUCGUAACGAGUUUUACAAGGACACACAGGGGGUGAUGCUGGUCUAUGAUGUUGGGCAAAAAGACUCCUUUGAUGCCCUUGACACGUGGCUGGCGGAAAUGAAGCAAGACCUUGGACCUCACGGGAACAUGGAAAGCAUUGUCUUCGUAGUGUGCGCCAACAAGAUUGACUGCACCAAGCACCGCUGUGUGGAUGAAAGCGAAGGGCGUCUUUGGGCCGAAAGCAAAGGGUUCCUGUACUUUGAAACUUCAGCACAAACUGGAGAAGGAAUUAAUGAGAUGUUCCAGACCUUCUAUGCAGCCAUAGUUGACUUAUGUGAAAACGGCGGGAAACGUCCGAUCCCAAAUAGCAGUGCUAGUUUCACCAAAGAGCAAGCAGACACCAUUCGCAGAAUUCGAAAUAGUAAAGACAGUUGGGACAUGUUGGGAGUCAAACCUGGAGCGUCAAGGGACGAAGUCAACAAAGCCUAUCGGAGGCUCGCGGUGCUGCUCCACCCGGACAAAUGCGUGGCGCCCGGGAGUGAGGACGCCUUCAAAGCGGUGGUGAACGCCCGCACGGCCGUCCUGAAGAACAUCAAGUAGGAAGGAGAGGAAAGGACGCGUGGGGCUCAGUACAAACAGGCUUUCCCUGGAGGUAAAACAGCCAACGUGGGCUUCCCUCCACAGAGCCUCCCUGCUCGUUUCCCGUGUGUGUUGUCAGCCCCGAAUCAGUCAUCCGGGCGCCUGCUGCCAUGUCACAGGGGGCGGAGGGACCACAUGCCUGCGGCGCUCAUCGCACAUUCCCAGGUUGAAAGCAGGUCCCCCGUAGGGCCCUUGCUCAGGAGGGUCCAAAGGGUCUGGAGGGAAGGAUGGGAAGACCCUUUCACCUCUUUCUUUUUUAUUAAUUCAUCAUCAGAAUUAAAACAGAAGCAGACA